UGCCUACGCCAAUGCUUCUAAAGUCGAGUAUUGUUAUCGUUCCAUCUUACUCAAUUUCAGUGCAAUCGUUUCAUUAUCCUUGUCAUGCGAUCUCUGAUUCGUAGAUGUAAGAUGGAUGUGAACAUUUCAACCAAUAAGAAAAAUAUAUUUGAAUUUGUAACGUUUUUGUUUCUUAUGUUGUAUUAUAGUUUUCUCACGCGCUAUUUUUAUAUUUCAGGUCGUAAUCGUAUUAUUUUAUAAGUAUGAAACGAAAUACAAAUAAUUAUAUAAAAGAAAUAUUUCAUAGUGUUCAAUUUAAUAAAACUUGUCAUCAGAGUAAUUUAAAAAAAUUGAAGAAAUGCUACGAACAGACUAAUGAAUCGGAUUUUUGGAACUGCUUUAUAUCCUGUUUUAAAGUUCCACUUACUUUUGCACAGCGACAUCCACGAGUUGAGAAUACUCUGGAGUUUGUUGCUAAAUUUGCCGCUGAUUUAUAUUCAGCCAUAAAUGAUAAUGAAUCUGAGGAACCGAUGUGUCCAUUUCUUUCCAACCUGUUUGAAUUUCUUCUAACGAAUCAUAGUGCAAAAGACAUAGGAGUAAGAUUUCGUAUUUGUCAUUUUUUGAAUAUGUUAUUAAAUUCUAUGGGUGAUCAGGCUUUUAUUGAUGAUGCUGUCUGUGAUAAAAUUACUGCUUCUAUGAUGGAUCGGUUGCUAGAUAGAUCGCCAAAAGUUAGAGCUCAGGCAAUUUUUGCUUUACAUAGACUUCAGGAUCCUACAGAUGAGCAAUGCCCUGUUAUAAAAAUGUAUAUAUUUCAUGCCAGCAAAGAUCCAAAUGCUAUGGUUCGCAAAGCAGCAUUGAUGAGCAUGGGAAAGAAUCAAAGUACUUUACAAGUUGCAUUGAGAAGAACCAGAGAUGUGGAUGAGGCAGUUCGUAAAAUGGCAUAUGAAUUCAUUAGUAAAGUAACAGUAAGAUCUUUAACUAUUACACAAAGAGAUCAGCUGCUAAAUGAUGGUUUAAAAGAUAGAUCUGAUAUAAUUAAAAAAACUGUUCAAAAUGUUCUGUUACCAUCAUGGUUAAGACAUUUUAAUGGUAAAUUCAUCAGUUUAAUAACAGCUCUUGAUGCUGAAAUUGGUACAGAUGUAUCUGUUUUAGCUCUAGAUUCUUUAUUUAAGAACGCUACAUUAAAUACAUUAAUAGAACAAUUACCAAUAGAUAAAGAGACUAAAUUAAUACCAGUGAAUAAAUUGUGCAGUGAAACUGCACUGUAUUGGAGAUGCUUAGUAAAAUAUGUUCAACGUGAAUCUUGUACAGAAGAAUUGGAAACAAUUUUGCCAGAAUUAUCAAUGUUCUGCAAUUAUAUUUCCGAUUUCCUUACAGCAAUAUCUGCACAACAAACUGAAACAUGGGUGAAUCAUAUGCAGAAAUUUGUCCUAUUACAGUUAUUUGAAAUAGUAACAAUUUAUGAUUUAUCUGAUGAAGUUGGAAGAAAAAGGUUGAACGAAUUAAUACGUAAUAUUUUGAUGGGUAAUUACUGGACUGAAAAACUUGUUGAAUGUGCAGUAACACACCUAAAAAACGUUAUACCCGAUGUAAAUAGCAGACUAGAUACAUUAGCUAACAUAAUCAGUGAAAUUAGAUUGCCUUUGAAAGAAACUAUAACACAAACACAAAUCACGGAGGAACAACAACACGAGAUUAACAUAAAAAGAGCAAAACUUAAGGUAAAGUUAUUAGAAUUAAAAGAAGAAGAAUAUCAGGCUAUACAAGACAAACAGUAUUUAAAGGCAGAUGGUUUAAAAAAUCAAAUAAACGAAUUGAACGAGGAAAUAGUAAAAUUAUCAGAAAAACCUCAAGUAACACAAACUAUAACUAACGAAGAGAUCAAAGAAAAGAGUGAUUCUGCAACAAUGAUAAAAUGUCUAACUAUAAUAUGUACAAUGAUGCAGUCUGUAACUUCGUUAACGCCAACACUUCAAAGCCUUAUGCAAAUAGCGCUUGAUAGUUUAGAUCAUCCGGAUGAUAAAGUACAUAUAUUAGCAUUAAAAGCAGUUAGUGUUUGUUGUAUAUUGGACAGGGAAUUAGCUAAACAACAUAUUAUGAUGUUGUUCUUACAAUUUUCUUUGGAACAAGAAAAUCCAGAUAUUUGGAUUGUUGCUUUGAAAGGAAUCUUCGACCUUUUAUUGUUAUACGGCCUGGAGCAUUUUGAUAUAUUAGAAAAUGUACCCGAUAAUACUGGUAGUAAAUCAGAAAAAUCUCGCACUAAAUUAUUUACGGAUACCGACACAGAAGUUUCUGUAGCAUCUCUACGUAAAUCAGAAGCAGAACGAGGCAAUUGUAAUUUUAUUAAAAUUAUAGCCGGAUUAUUAGAUAAUGCAAAUCAAGGACUAAGAACAGUUGCCGCGGAAGGUCUUUGCAAAUUGUUACUUCAUCGACGAAUUAGUAGUUCGAGUUUAUUGUCAAGAUUAAUAAUUUUAUGUUACAAUCCUGUGAACGAUAGCGACUUCUAUCUUCGACAAUGUCUAACUGGUUUCUUCGAUAAUUUUGUCACAUUCGUACCUGAUGCACACAUGUUAUUAGAAGAAGCAUACUUGCCGACCUUACAAAUUUUAUGUAAUGCACCAGACAUCAGUCCCUUACAAGAAAUUGAUCCUUAUGAAGUAUCCAGGUUUAUAUUAAACUUGACUAGGCUUGAAACUCGUAAACCUGGAGGAGAGAAUUUCUGUGCGCAUAAUAGCCUCGUUUUUUCUAUUUUGGCAGAAGUAUUAAAUACAGAAAGCAACAUUGACAAAGAAACUCUUAUUAAAUCGUUGAAAGAUUUGCAUUUGGAAUUGGACGAUAACACGUCUAAAAAAAACUUACAGGAAGCUAUCGAUAAAGUGAUGGAAAUGGUAGUUUCUGAUAAACGGUUAGUAAGAUACAUCGAGCUUUUUACGAAAAAGUUAAAUGCUCCUAAUGCUACCGAUGUAGCAGAAGAUGAAGACACUGAAGCUGAUGAAUGAGUAAUUGUUCAUAAUAGGAACGCAAUUGAACUGAAUGUGAAAAUAUUAUAUUUUAUAUAAUAUUGAAUUAAAUUUUAUAUAUCUCCUGAGCAUAUGUUUAUAUAUAUGCAAUGUUUUAUAGGAUGUUCACGAAAUAAUAAAAAUCUCUGAAUUCCACGUAACAUUUUA